AUGUCACCUGUUGAGGAUAAAUUUGUUUUCGUACCAACUCCAGAAUUACUGGAAAUGCAGGAGCGUAUGGCAUCUAUGUUUGAGGAGCAAAAAGCCAAAGGUGGAAUAAUUGAUGUUGAGGCAGAGAGGAAUAAAUAUCUUAUUAAACAUGGG